GGACCCAGACAGGCGAGCGCGCACCCACACAGGGCAAGCAGGCGUCCCAGUUCGGGCUGCCACCCUCCGAUCCGGAGCGGGACUCGCUGGCUCGCAGCGCCCCUCGAACCCUUCUCGCCCGGCCCGACACUCUUGGGGACGCGCCCCCAGAAGAAAGCCUCGCUCGCUGCUGUGGCUUUCACGGCGAUCGUCCGGGCGCCUUGGCCGAAGCAGCAGCCCCAGCGGCCGCCCUGGGGAGCAGACACCAUGGGAACGAGUUUCUGGAUCCAAGGCAGGGACAGCCCCGUUCUUCUCUGACAUCGGAGGGAAGCGAUCCAUCCCCUUCAGAAGCCCACUGUAAAAGCCCUGGGAAGGCCAGGAUUGCCUAGGACGGAUGUCAUAGCAACUGCCGCCGGAGCCUGGGGAGGAAAGAUGAAGCACUAGCACCUACCAAGGAAAGGCUUUCAAGAUGGCGGCUCAGCGGAUCCGUGCGGCCAACUCCAACGGGCUCCCACGCUGCAAGUCUGAGGGCACUCUGAUUGACCUGAGUGAGGGCUUCUCAGAGACGAGCUUUAACGAUGUCAAAGUGCCUUCCCCCAGUGCCUUGCUUGUGGACAAUCCCACACCUUUUGGAAAUGCGAAAGAAGUGAUAGCAAUCAAGGACUACUGCCCCACCAACUUCACUACUCUGAAGUUCUCCAAAGGAGACCACUUGUAUGUUUUGGAUACAUCUGGCGGGGAGUGGUGGUAUGCACACAACACCACAGAGAUGGGCUAUAUUCCUUCCUCCUAUGUGCAGCCUGUCAACUACCGCAACUCAACAUUGAGUGACAGUGGGAUGAUUGAUAAUCUUCUGGACAGCCCUGAUGAAAUAGCAAAGGAGCUGGAGCUGCUGGGAGGAGGCUGGGUAGAUGAGAAGAAAGGUUUGAAUAAAGCCCACAACAAUAACCCUUUCUGGAACGGGGUGCCAACGAACCCAUUUCUGAAUGGGAACAUGCCUGUCAUGCCCCCCCUGGAGGAGGUGGCUCCCAAAACAACAGUGGAUCUGCUGCUCUUUGACACAGAGGCACCACCAUCUUUUACCACAACCAGCUCUGUGACAACCAAUAGCAUUGGCAAUAUUUUUGACGAGCUGCCAUCCUCCAACAGACUCUCCAAUGCUGAGCAACCUGUCAAGCGAGAUAACCCCUUUUUUAGAAGCAAACGUUCAUACAGUUUAUCCGAACUCUCUGUCCUCCAAGCCAAGUCGGAAGCCCCUUCGUCGUCCAACUUUUUCAGUGGCUUGAAAUCUCCAACCCCUGAACAGUUCCAGAGCCGGGAGGACUUUAGAACUGCCUGGCUGAACCACAGGAAGCUGGCCCGCUCCUGUCACGAUUUAGAUUUGCUUGGCCAAAACCCUGGCUGGGGUCAGACUCAGCCCGUGGAGACAAACAUCGUGUGCAAGCUGGAUACGUCAGGCGGAGCUGUCCAGCUCCCGGACACGAACAUCACCAUCCAUGUUCCUGAGGGUCAUGUGGCUCCUGGGGAAAUGCAACAGAUUUCCAUGAAAGCCCUGCUAGACCCUCCCCUGGAGCUCAACAGUGACAAAUCCAGCACCGUCAGCCCAGUGUUAGAGGUGAAACUAAGCAACAUGGAGGUGAAGUCGUUCAUUAUCCUGGAGAUGAAAGUGUCGGCUGAGGUAAGACAGGACAUUGUCAGUAAGAGCACCGUGGCAUUGCAGUGUUUGCGCAGCGACAUGAAGGAAGGACCGUACGUCCCUGUGCCACGGAUGUACAGCUACGGAGACACAAUCCAGGUUCACCUGGAGAACCUGGAACCUUGCAUGUACAUAGCUAUUGUGGCCCACGCACAGAACAUCCUCUACCCUGCUACCGUCUGGGACUUCAUCAAUAAAAAAAUCACAGUUGGGGUAUAUGGCCCCAAGCACAUCCAUCCUUCCUUCAAGACAGUGGUCACAAUCUUUGGGCAUGAGUGUGCACCCAAGACCCUGCUGGUAAGCGAGGUCACACGGCAGGUCCAUGGUCCUUCUCCAGUGGCUUUGCAGCUCUGGGGGAAGCACCAGUUCAUUCUGUCCAGGCCCCAGGACCUCAAGCUGUGCAUGUUCUCCAAUAUGACCAAUUAUGAGGUCAGAGCCAGUGAGCAAGCCAAAGUUGUCAGGGGGUUCCAGAUGAAACUGGGCAAGGUAAGCCGCCUGAUCUUUCCCAUCACGUCCCACGACCCCAACGACCUCUCAGACUUCACCCUGAGGAUCCAGGUGAAGGACGACCAGGAGGCCAUUCUCACCCAGUUCUGCGUCCAGACCCCUCAGCCCCCACCCAAGAGUGCCAUCAAGCCUUCUGGACCCAGGAGAUUCCUCAAGAAGAAUGAGAUUGGGAAGAUCAUCCUGUCUCCUCUGGCUGCAACCACCAAGUACCCAACAUUUCAAGAGCGUCCAGUGGCCAGCCUCAAGUUUGGAAAAUUGCUUAAGACAGUUGUGAGACAGAAUAAAAACCAUUAUUUGUUGGAAUAUAAGAAAGGAGAUGUCAUAGCCCUGCUCAGUGAGGAGAAGAUCAAACUGAAGGGCCAGCUAUGGACAAAGGAAUGGUAUAUUGGGUAUUACCAGGGGAAGGUUGGACUCGUGCACACCAAGAAUGUGUUAGUUGUUGGGAAAAUUCGGCCGUGCUUUUUUUCUGGGCCGGAUCUUAGUACCAGCGUGCUUCUGGAACAAAUUCUGAGGCCCUGCAAGUUUCUGACUUAUAUCUAUGCCUCUGUAAGGACCUUGCUCAUGGAGAAUAUCAGUAGUUGGCGGUCAUUCGCGGAUGCCUUGGGCUACGUGAAUCUACCGCUCACCUUCUUUUGCCGAGCAGAAUUGGACAGCGAGCCUGAGCGGGUGGCCUCUGUCCUUGAAAAAUUGAAGGAAGACUGUAACAACACUGAGAAUAAAGACAGAAAAUCUUUUCAGAAGGAGCUAAUGAUGGCCUUACUGAAGAUGGACUGUCAAGGCCUUGUGGUCAGGCUCAUCCAGGACUUUGUGCUCCUGACCACUGCAGUCGAGGUGGCCCAGCGAUGGAGGGAACUGGCUGAAAAGCUCGCCAAAGUGUCCAAGCAACAGAUGGACGCUUAUGAAUCUCCACAUCGGGACAGGAAUGGUGUGGUCGACAGUGAGGCCAUGUGGAAGCCUGCCUAUGACUUCUUACUGACAUGGAGCAAUCAGAUUGGAGAUAGCUACCGGGAUGUCAUCCAGGAGCUUCACCUGGGCUUGGACAAGAUGAAGAACCCCAUCACUAAGCGUUGGAAACAUCUCACGGGGACCCUGAUCCUAGUGAACUCCUUGGAUAUACUGAGGGCAGCUGCCUUCAGCCCCAUGGACCAUGAAGACUUUGCCAUCUGACAUGUGGGCUUUCCAAAUCCCUCCUGCUGCUUUCUCUUUAUGAUGAAUGGCCUUCAGCCCAGGGUGGAACUGAAGAUGAAGAGCAAGCCAGUCAUUGCAGACUGGAAUACUCCGCUCCAAACCGGUACCAUGGCCAAGGACUAAGCAUCUCCCCUUUCUUCUCUUUCUCACCCCACUUCUCUCCCUUCCUUGCUACUCUUCCAACCCAGCAUCAUCCUGAAGAGAUUUUCUUUUGUAUAUUGUUGCCAAUCAAAGAAACUUUUUAUUUGUAAAAUAUAAAAAGAAAAAUCAUGUUUUUAUAGAUGUUUGGAGAAAACAUACAGAAUAUCUAAUUUUUUAACAGACAAAAGGAAAAAAAUAAAACCACUGAUGAGGUGGGGAAGAUGUGGACUUUUUUCAGAUGUAUAAAGACUUUUUAUAAAUUAUGAUAUACAUUGUUUUCCUCCGAUCCUGUACAUAUAUAUUUAAAAAAGAGUGUUGCAGGUCACUCUCUCUUUUGCCUCCCCUACUUGGUUUUGCAUUUCAGCUCUGUGAGGCUGAUAGGACUGUUAAUCCAGCAUGAUGGAGUGGAUUCCAGCCUCUGAGGUCCUGAUGAGGUCCUGAGAGGGGGAAGGAAAGGCUUCUGAAAAAUCUUCAUACACAAGACUGGUUUGUUCUCAUCUGAAAGUGCCCCGGGCCCUGUUCCUUGGGGUUUUGUACCAUUGGAGUUUUGUUCCUUUGGGGAUUUCUUGCAGGGCAAAUCAACCAGUGCACUUGUGAGCUUCUGCUGGAAGAGUCGGAGUUGACCUUGUAAUUGUGAAUAGUCUAGAAGAGGGUGUUGUUACUAGCCAUCAAGAAAGAAGCAACUGGGAGAAGAGAAGACCACCUCUUACUCAUUGGAGCGAGUGUCCAACCUAACUUGGAACUCCUGUCCUAUAUUUGGUGCAGCUCAAAACUCAAAAGACAGACACCCUUUAUGGUUUACAGUCAUGGAUUACCCAGCAGUGAGAAGCCACUAGAAUCUCUCUCUCCUAGACUAGACAGGCAAACUGGUCCUUAAAAACCUUGUCACAAAAUCAGUCGACAAUGAUUGGUAGAAAAACAUCCCUCCAGACUCUGGCUGGUUUCCAGCUGCAGCAUCUGGGUGAUUUCACCACUAAUUUCAAUACCCUCUUAGGCGCCAAAUCAGUAGGACCAUUUGAUGGUAAUUCCAUGGGUGCUUUGGGAACUCCAUUUGCCAAAUAAACAACACCUAACAUUACUCUCUUGAGAAUCCCAUCAGUUCCCUUCUCUCUUUUCCCUGUGGGUCCUUGGAAAUCAUGGGUGUGAAAAGUAUUUUAGCACAAUAAGGAAAUGUAAUUUUGAGUGAGAAAUAUAUAUUUUUUUUCAGAAAGGGAAAAUGGUGUCCCACACAGUAAAAACUGAGUCUAUGUUUGAAAUGUAGGUUUAAAACUUAAGUCCUACCUGUGUAACAAAAAAAGAAAACCUUUAUGAAUUGUGAAGUAAACUGGGAUGGGCGUGUGUGCAGCUUGGUGGCUGGUCUGUGUCCUAGUAAAUAGUGGCUAGGAAAGAACUUGGCCUAUAACUGACCCAUUGGGUGCUGAAGAGCCAGUUUCAGAUUUGAGGAGAGUGAGUGAUCCCCCUCGUGUCAAAGCACAGGGAAAAGCUUUGGCUCCCUGACCACCCACCCUCCCACUUAAUCUCUGCCCUGAUGGUGUUGGCUUGUGUUUCUGCUGGGCCCCAAUGGGAAUCCAGAACAGCUGGUAUCCCAAUUGAGAAAAGUCUGCCUCAAACUCAUGCCAGGAGGAUUUUUCUGCUGUAAGCCAAGCAGAUGUUUCCAAAUGAUGGAAUUGGUUUCCCCCGAAUCAAAAUGAGAGAGAUGUCUCUGAUUCUCCCUGAUCAUUCCCAAAAGAGCCUCCCUCCUACCCCCAUCCCCACCUCCCACCCAGGGGAUCCUGGGCUUCAUCUCGCAUCUUCUCCCCAAAGAGAAAAACGAAAACAAAAACAAAAAUGGCCGUUUGCACCUUAAACUCACAUCUUUUCCUCAGGGGCUUCGAGUAGUUUCCUAUGCAACUUACCUUGUAGCACAACCAAAUUUCACCAAGUUGCAGAAGCUUUUCUUUGAAUGUUAUAACCUGUUGAGUGUUGUUUUUUCUGCACCAAACCA